AUGCACGCGCGCUCGCACGCCGCGCGCCGCCACGCCUGCGCGCGCUGCCCCGCCGCCUUCAAGCGCCGCGCCGAGCUGCGCGCGCACGCCAGCGUGCACACCGGCGAGCGCCCGUUCCACUGCGACGAGUGCGACACCUUCGUCGACCGCAAGGACUUCAUCCUGCACAUGUCGCUGCACGCCGUCGAGUACGCCGCCAGGCACGAAAAGAAGCCGAAGCCGGUCCGGAGGGUGAGGAGGGUCAAAAGGAGGAAACCGGAGGCGAAGGACGAGAACGCGAACGACGAGAGGGGCGGGAGAAAAGGCGGCACCGGAGUCGGCGACGUGCGGCGGACCCCGGACAGCGAGAGCGAUCCCCAGGACAACGAGUUCUCCGACCACAGCGACGCCGAGUACGGGUUCGGUCCGCUCCCCGAGUCGGUUUUCGAGGCGAUCGAGGACUCGCAGGACGGCCAGCCGACGAUCGACGCCGAGGUCGACUCCUCCGGGAUCGGGGACGUCGAGGCGCCCGGGGCGCCGAUCGGAACGGCCGAGAGCGUCGUCGUCGUCGGUCCGAGCGAAACGCCCGUCGACAAGAUCGAUCCGCCCGCCGAGUCGAGCGGCCCGCCCGCCGGAAACGACGAGAAUCCACCGGCGGCGCCGGCGCCGCCGCCGAGCGCGAGCGUCAAGAGCCACAAGAAGCCGCGCACGUGCCCGACCUGCGGCAAGGUGUACACCGCGUCGUCCAGCUACUUCUACCACAUGAAGCACGCGCACCGCGGCGCGCGCGAGCACGAGUGCGACGUGUGCGGCAAGCGCUUCGGCACGCGCGCCGGGCUCGCGCAGCACGCCGCCGUGCACUCGGCCGAGCGCCGCUUCGAGUGUCAGCAGUGCGCCAAGCGGUUCCGCUCGCGCGCCGCGCUGUACAUCCACGCGCAGGCGCACUCGGGCGUGCGGCGCUGGGCGUGCGCGCAGUGCGGCCGCGCCUUCCGCUGGCGCGCGCACCUGGCCCGGCACGCGGCGCGCCACCGGCCGGCGCGCGCGCACGCGUGCUCGGCGUGCGGCCGCGCCUUCAGCGUGCGCGCCGACCUGCUGCGCCACGCGCGCACGCACACGCGCGCCGCGCACGCCUGCGCCGCGUGCCCGCUGAAGUUCGCGCAGCUGCGCUACCUCAAGGUGCACGUGGAGCGCAAGCACGCCGGCCUGCCGCCGGGCCCGACCCCGACCCCGCCGGUUCCGAGCUGCCCCGUUGUCCAAAAUGAGUAGAUGAUGAAUACCCGAUCCGACUCGGCGAUACGUGAACGAUUUACGUGCGUUGGCGACACGUUACAGAACACGUUGCGCUCGAUCUCGAGUGGAAAAUAAAUUCACUUUUUCAAUAUGUAUAUUUUUCAACUGAGUAAGACCCCUCUUUGUGUGCCAAAAACGUGGUGACUUUAUUUUCCGCACGAGAUCAAAAAGAUCGAACUCGUUUGGUAUGUUAAAAGUAGUUAUUUAUUUAAAUUAUUGCACUUUCUUCUGUACUAUAGGGAUCGUCUGAGGUCAGCUUGCUGUUACUAGUUUGAAAAUUCUUCUAGCCAAAUAAAUUUUUAUAUUUGAAAGCAACCAAAUAAAAAGCCUAACAAAAGCCGGACAGGCCGGACAAACCGUAAAAAGCCAAACAUAUCCGGCUAAAGCCGGACACCUGGCAACCCAAGUGUGACCCCAUCUUAUUGUAGGUAAAAGUACGCUCACCAAGACUGAAUCAGUGCUUGUAGGUUAUCUGUUAUUAUUCGGUAGGAUAUAGUAUUUUUCUAACAACGCCAACGCUCAAAUCUUAUGAAUAAAAUUCAAGAUUGUAUUUAUAAAUGCUUUUAAUAAAUCUUAGAUCUUUAUAACAGAGAUAAUUGGAUAGAUUUCUGAUGUACAUUUCAUGUGCCUUAGCACCGCGGCUGUACAAUAACGCCUUCUCUACACAAUGAUUAAUUCAUUCAAAUAUUAACAAUGUUAUAUCUACAAGUUAAAUAAUUUAAUAAUGACUUGUUUGUUGCUAAAUAAUG